AUCAGUACAUUUUGAUAUGAACAGGAAUUACAAAUUCAAGCGUUUGUCAGAUGUAACAAAAUGAUCAAUUGAUCAGUGUCAAAAGUGGUCAGCAUCAUUUAACUAUUUUGAUACUUUGCCAAAUAUAGUACACAUAUAAUUGGCAAACAAUUGGUUUUUAUACAUAGACAGUUGCUAACUCUGACAGUGUUCCUACAACCUUUAUAGAAGUGAGUGCAGAAAAAAAUGUUACUUAUAAAAACAUUGUUAGUGGUUUACUUGUCUAGAAUUAUCGUGGCUUAUACACCUUUCAGCCUCACAGAUUGCGCUGAGAAUAGACUGGUGACACUAACAGGGCGUCUCACACAGCACCCAAUCGAAUUUCCAGGAGAUAUUCGGGUGACAGCUAGAGUUGAUAUAAAUAGACCACUCACUGCCACUGGACAUCUGAGGUUGGACGCUGAAAUCCAAAAAUGGAUCGUAUUUGACUACUUUACACUACCGUGCAUUUCAAACGUUGGUAGUUGUUCAUAUGACCUAUGUGACCUCCUUUCAUGGUUUGAAGAUCGUGGUUGUCCAUGGCAAUUAGAAGAAAGCAAUUUUCCAUGCACGUGUCCGUUUUCAAACGGUACAUACACCCUUGACCCUCAUCCAUUCUCCGUGCCGACAUUGAAUAGCGUUUGGCAAUGGAUAGCAUAUGGCGAUUUUCGUGUGACUGGCAGCCUAAUUGAUGAGAAUACGUCAGAGGUGGUUUCUUGUUACGUCUUAGAGUUUUCCGUUCAGAGAGCACCAAUCAGGUGGCCUUGGUGGUAGGACAGCAUAUUCCGGUGCCGUGUUAACAACUGUGGCUGUAAUUAUGUGGCACUCAUUUUGACACUUUUAGAUACGGUGUAAUUGAUAUUUAGUUAAAGUCUUGUCUGUGUGUUAGACACUGUGUUUUCUUUGAAAUUGAAAUGAAUAUGUAUAAACAUAAAAAGAAAUGUUAAUUUGUUAUUUUAAAUAAUAUGUUAAAACAAGAUAUUUUGUUAAAAGUUAUUUUGUUGCAGCAGAAAAUAUAGUUUAAAAAAUAGUUAUUUCACUGCACCUGAUAUGUUUUGUACAGUUUAGAAAAAUACGUUAUAAGAUAUUUUCUACACGUAAUAGAAUUUGUAUUACAUUUA